GGCCUUUACCCCGAAGGGUGGGAACAUGCUCAAUGCUGCUCGCUUCCCCUUCGUGGUUUCGCCACCACCACGGAGGUGACUGGCCCCGCCAGUUUGCUGUUUGCUGCUAGAAUGGUGCCUUCCCGGUGGGCCCCGCGUUACCCACGCCGCUCGGACAGCAGCCUGCUGGGAUCUUCUGGGCCCCGCCGGGAGAGCCUGAGGCGCGGAGGGUUCCCGGCUGUGUGGACGCAGCGGCUCACCUUGGCUCGUGUGCAGUAGCAUGGGAAAACUGCAGAGCAAAAUCAACUUCAGCACCUCCAAAUACAGGCCUGAGCAGGUGGAAGAGGCCAGCCCUGCGCCCGCCGUGCGGCGGUACAGCCCCGCUCACACGGACGCCGUCACCUCUGUGGCCGCGCUCACGCCGGAGCUCUGUGUGUCGGGAGGGAAGGACAAGACUGUUGCCGUGUAUAACUGGAGGUCGGGCGUGAUGCUGGAGAAGUUCAUGGGACACCAGCGGGAAGUGACUAAGGUGGCCUGUGCCUUGCAGUCGAGCCGGAUUUUCAGUGCCUCCCGGGACAAGACCGUCAUGAUGUGGGAGCGGCACAGGAGUCCGGGGCCGAGCCAGCGCUUCCCAGGACACGACUUGGUUGUCACUGGCCUGGCAGUGAGCCCAGACGCCUCUCAGCUGUGCACGGGCUCCCGGGACAACUCCCUGUGCAUGUGGGACGUAGAGACGGGGGCGUGCGGGCGCAGGCCAAGUCCCCCUCCAUGGCCCCUCGGGUCACACCCCAGGCUGGUGGGCUCCAGAGGCGGCUCCACCCCUCUGCUGGCUCCGGCGAUGGCGGCUGGGCCCGCGGGCGGCGUGUGGGUUGUGUGCGUGGGCAGGUUUCUGGUGUUUCUUUCCCUCCGACAGGUCACACACCUGUGCUGGGUGCCUGCCGAGCCGUACGUCCUCCAGAGCUCGGAGGACAAACGUGCCAGGCUGUGGGACAGCCGGGAGCUGCGGGUGGCCCACACGUUCCCGGGGAAGCAGCAUGUCCAGACCUACUGUGACGUGAGCCAGGAGGGAUUUGGGGGGGAGGGCUGAGAAGCCACACUGUGGGACCUCCGGCAGACGAGGAGCCGCAUGCGGGAGUACAAGGGGCAUUUCCAAACCGCUGCCUCCUGCAUCUUCCUUCCCAAGGGCCUGGGCCUGGCCCCAGCCAUCGCCACGUCCUCGCACGACUGCAUGGUGAAGCUCUGGAGCCAGGACAGCGGAGCCUUUGACGGAGCCGGGCCCCUGGCUGCCCUGGCUGCGUGUGACAGCGCCACGCUGCUCUGCGCCAGCUUCAGCACCGGGAUUCACGUGCUCCGCGUGAGCCGCGGGAAGGGGCUGGAGCUGCAGGAGGUGGGGAUGUUCUGAUUUGCCGUGUCCCUCGGCCCAGGCCACGGUGGGAAGUGCCUCUGGGCCAGGCUGCUC